CGCCCAGCCGCCGCCAGCGCCGGGCCCGGGACGGGCCAUGGGCCACGCGCUCUGCGCCUGCGCGCGGGGCAGCCUGAGCAUCGAGGGGCAGCGCUACCUGCUGCUGCAGCGCCUGGGGGAGGGGGGCUUCAGCUACGUGGACUUGGUGGAGGGGCUGCAGGACGGCCGUUUCUACGCCCUGAAGCGCAUCCUGUGCCAUGACAAGGAGGACCGCCAGGAAGCCCUGCACGAGGUGGAGAUGCACGGCCUCUUUGAGCACCCCAACAUCCUGCGGCUCGAGGCCCACUGCAUGGUGGAGAAGGGGCCCAAGCACGAGGCCUGGCUGCUGCUGCCCUUUCUAAGGAGAGGGACCCUGUGGAGCGAGGUGGAAGCUCUGCGAGACAAAGGCACCUUCCUGCCUGAGGAGCGGAUUGUCCCCAUUCUCCUUGGCAUCUGCCGGGGGCUGGAGGCCAUUCAUGCCAAGGGCUAUGCACACAGAGACCUGAAGCCCACCAACGUGCUGCUGGACGAUGAGGAGCAGCCCGUGCUGAUGGACCUGGGCUCCAUGAACCAGGCCUGCAUCGAGGUCAAGGGCUCCCGGGAGGCCAUGGCUUUGCAGGACUGGGCGGCCCAGCGCUGCACCAUCUCCUACCGGGCACCGGAACUCUUCACCGUGGAGAGAGACUGUGUCAUUGAUGAGCGAACAGACAUCUGGUCCCUAGGCUGCGUGCUGUACUGCAUGAUGUUUGGCGAGGGCCCCUAUGACCUCAUCUUCCAGAAAGGUGACAGCGUGGCUCUGGCAGUGCAGAACCAGCUCCGCGUGCCCGCCAGCGGAAGGUAUUCCGCUGCCCUGGAGCACCUGCUCUCCUCCAUGAUGGCAGUGAACCCUCAGGAUCGGCCCCACAUCUCCUACAUACUUGACCAGCUGGAGGGGCUGCAGGCAGCACCAAGGGGCCAGGACACCACCCGGAUCUGAGCCCUGCCCAGCUCUGUACCCCCAGGGACUGGUGUGUAGAGUGUGUAGGGGGGGGCUGUUGCCCCACCCCAGGGACAGGGUCACAGAACUGCUUUUAAAAGGGAAUUUUAGGUGAAAAGCAAACCCAGCCCUGUGGUGCUAAGUCCUGCCUGCAGUGCCGGGCUGGCACAUGCCCCACUCAUAGGAAUUCAGCCAGGACAUACGCCCUGAGCAGGAGGGUGCCCAGGACCAGCCA